CCUAUAACGGGAAUGUAGACCUCGUCUUUAACCCCUUUCUAAACUUAUUGAUUAUUCUGAGCGAUAUUUCUUCCUUAAUAAUGUCUUCACCUAUUAACCUCCUAAAAAGUUUCAGUGAUUGACAAUUGACAUACCGAUCUGUAUCUGCUUCUCGAAUUUCAUCUUUCCAAUCUACAAGUAUAUAUUCAGCUGAUCAAUUCCUUCUUAAUCGCUUUUGAUAAUCAAGAUAAUGAAUAUUUUUGAGCGUUCCUGAUUUGGAAAUUCAUUUAAUUUUACUGUACGUUUAGUAUAAAUAAUGUGUAUUCCAGCAUUUUUGUUGAAUUCGAGCUGUGGGUUCAUGUGUUUCAUGUACUGAAAUUAGGGUUUAUCCUACCUAAAGAGGAGAAUGCAUAGAGUGAUUGGUGGAAGAAUCAAUUCGGUUGAUUCUCGAUUGCCAGGUUUAAAGAGAUUCCUUUGCAAUGGCCCUAUUACAGAAGGUUUGGCCUCAGACAGAUGUAUGAACAGCAAUGAAAUCAAGGAAGAUGAUCAAUCUACGAGUGGUAUUCAGAAGUUUGACAUUGCUAUUGUUGGAGGCGGUUUGGUCGGCAUGGCUCUGGCGUGUUCUUUGGCAAGCUCUCCUAUAACCAGGAAGAUGAGAGUUGCCAUCAUUGAUGAUAAUCCUGCUUUAACCUCUGGAAGUUGGUUAAAUAAAGAGGAGCCUCCUGAUCCAAGAGUCAGUACAAUAACACCAGCUAGCAUCGCUUUUCUUCAAAAUAUAGGAGCUUGGAAGUAUGUUGAACAGCAACGUCAUGCAUACUUUGAUAAGAUGCAGGUAUGGGACUAUACUGGUCUAGGGUAUACCCGGUACAAUGCUAGAGAUGUUAACAAGGAAAUUCUUGGGUGUGUUGUUGAGAAUAAGGUGCUACUUAGCUCGCUAUCAAUGUGUAUGCAGGAGAAGGACUUCCAGAAGACCGUACUUCCUUCAAGAGUGGCUUCAAUGGCUUUACAGUCAAGUGUGUCACCCACCAAGAUGGACAGUCAAUUAGCAACAUUGGAGCUGGUUGAUGGCUGCAAUGUAGCUGCAAGAUUGGUGGUUGGAGCUGAUGGAGGAAGGUCACGCGUUAGAGAGUUGGCAGGAUUCAGCUCCACUGGCCAGAAGUAUCCUCAAAAUGCUGUUAUCUGCACAGUUGAACAUUUAAUGCCUAAUCAUUGUGCAUGGCAGAGGUUUCUUCCUGCUGGACCAAUUGCACUUUUGCCGGUAGGCGAUACUUAUAGCAAUAUUGUCUGGACAAUGAGCCCUAAGGAGUCUUCAGAUUGCAAAGCUAUGACUAAGGAUGAUUUUGUGAAAGCUGUUAACCGUGCAUUGGAUCAUGGAUUUGGUCCUCAUCCACAACCAAAUUCAAGUUUUGAUAAGAUUUUCUCUAGCUUCUCAUCAGAUUUAGUCUCUUGCAAGGAGUCUUUCGAAGUUCCACCAAAGGUCGUCAAUUUGGCAUCAGAAAGAAUGGUGUUUCCACUGUCUUUAGUACAUACUAAUACUUACGCUAAAAGACGUGUUGUUCUCAUCGGUGAUGCUGCCCACACCGUUCAUCCGCUGGCCGGUCAAGGAGUUAACCUUGGUUUUGGAGAUGCAUCUGUUCUCUCGAAAGUUAUCUCUGAGGGUACUGCUGUUGGUGUUGACAUAGGACAGCUUUCCUUGCUACGGAGAUAUGAAGCUGAUCGAAAGCCAGCAAAUUAUUUGAUGGCUACUAUUCUCGAUGGCUUCCAGAAGGCAUACUCCAUUGAUUUGGGACCGCUGAACGCUUUAAGAGCUGCCGCAUUUCAUGGAGCGCAGUACAUUGCACCUUUGAAGAAGAAUAUCAUCUCAUACGCCUCCGGUGAACAGAAACUUCCAUUUUUCUUAUCGAGCUGAAGUUUGCUGGCCGGCUGUUACUACCUUUCUCUGCAGAAUCUUCUUUAACUUUUCCGGUUUGGCGAUUUGCUGCCCCGAUUGCAGGACUGGAUAAUGUGUGUGGAUUUCACUCGUCAAAGCAAACGAAGUGAAAAGAGCAAGUCAAGUCACAAGUGAUACUUGUUUGUUGGUCUUGAAUGAGCAACUCCUUGUAAAUAGCAGUACUAUCUUCGUUUUUUAUUAAUAGCUACACUUCAGUCAAAAAGCUCUCACAUGAAUUAGAAUAAAUGAAGAUUAAGUUUGUUUUUUUUUUUUUCGUUUCCGGUAUUAUGUCAACUAUGGAAGCCGAGUUUCACUAUUACUAUAAAGAAGUAAUUAUCCUAGCAA